UCUGCUGCAUUUUGUCAUAAACUUCCAUCACAGGAGGAUUGUGAACGAGCUUGUGGUUCGUGGAGAGCAACAGCCGUUUGCUCGCUACCUCCAGAAAUUGGUCACUGCGAGGCUUCAGUAAGCAAAUGGUACUACGACAAGGCGAAGGGCACCUGCCAAAUCAUGUAUUGGACUGGCUGCGGUGGAAAUGGAAAUAGGUCGCUUACGAAUCAGAGAGUAAGCGAAAUUACAAUGUUCAAUACAUUCAGAUUCUCGUCAAGAGAAGACUGCGAAUCUCUUUGUCGUGAAGAAAUCUCUUGGGAGCGUAGCACAGACAUUUGGUUAGUGCUAGUUGUCCAUAUUAAACUCAUCUACUUUGAAAUAUUUUUCAGCAAAAUGCCACGAUCAUCUGGACCAUGUCGUGACGCAAUCUCAAUGUGGUAUUUUGAUUCCGAUGACGGGGCCUGCAAACAGUUUACCUAUUCCGGAUGUCGUGGUAACGAAAACAGGUUCCCCACGAAAGAACGUUGCGAGCGGAGAUGCAUAGAAAAGAUAGAAGAUGAAGCCUUUGAUGUAAUCAUAGGAGAAGAGGACACUUUGGAUAAGGCUAGGCACAAAGUUGAUGUGCAGUUGCGAGCUAACUCGAAGGAUUAUGCCGCUGGAGAUAAAAUUGAAUUGACAUGUGACAGUGAGGAACUGCAGCCGAUUGUUUGGCGAAAAGAUGGGCACUUGCUACAAUUUAGCAGGAGAGUGCAGGAGCAUGACCAGUUCAAGAAAGUGGUCAUUAUUCGAGCUGUGCCAGCAGACAGUGGUAAUUAUCAGUGCGCUGCUGGUGCAGAUGGUGUUGAGAGCAAUACUCUUACAAUUACCGUUACCUGUAAGUAUUUGUUUUCACUCUUAUUCCGCAAACAAAAGCGCAAUUUGAAAGUUUUAGCAGUCACAACUACACCUGAAACUCCUGUUUGCACGAAAGAUGUUGGUACGCAGAAAACAUGUGCAUUAAUAGUGCAGAAUGGUUUGUGUGCCAAGAAACGAUAUAGAAAGUUCUGCUGUAAAUCGUGCUCAUCUUCAUAAAA